UUGACAUGCUUAUUUUGGAUUUAUAACAGUUGCUCAAACUCUAAGAACACAAUAUAUAGAGAAUUAACUGUCUUUCUUUGUGAGAAUUUGAUAUAAUGUCUGGUCUUUUGCCAGGUGUCAUUUUCCACCCUUCGCAAGGACUCACUCAAUGUUCUAGAUUUCAUAGAGAGCUUAAAGAAUAAAGAAAUUCAAAAAGUUGUUGACGCAGAUCUAAUUGAAAAGCUGAUAUUGGAGUUUGACUUCCUCCUCCUGAAUCUCCAUCAUCUUUCCAAGUAUCAUGUUAAUCAACUUUCUUCAUUCAUGACCGAAUAUGAGAUUCUUCAGAAUGUUUGUGGCAACAUAAGGCAUUUCCACGAGUUGAUAGUGAAUGGUUGCGUUGGGCAUGAGAUUGCUGAAUAUGUCUUACCUCAGUUUCAACUAAUGGCUGAGAGAGUAGGACGCUUCCUAUGGAAAAAUCAAAUUGGUGGACACUCUCGACUCUACAAGCUAGCACAUCUAUUCUUGGAGAUUAUUCCAACUCAGUUGGAGGUUAUGCACAUAUGUCAUACAAAUUUGAAAGCUUCAACAUCAGCAGAAGUUGGACGCUUUAUUAAGCAGCUCCUAGAAACCUCUCCGGAUAUUCUUAGAGAAUAUCUAAUUCAUCUACAAGAGCACAUGAUAAAUGUUAUUACUGCUAGCACUCCAGCGGCCCGAAACAUUCAUAUCAUGAUAGAGUUCCUAUUAAUCAUUCUUACUGAUGUGCCUAAGGACUUUUUUCAUAAUGGCAAGUUGUUUAAAUUCCUAGCACGUAUCGGAGCACUUACCAGGGACGUAUCAGCUAUGGCUCGCAACUUAGAAGAGAAAUCAAAGAAUGCAGAGAGUACCAAUGAAACAAACAGUGCAACUCUAGGCUUGCUCGAAAAUAUUGAAGUCCUGAGGAGAGAACUCAAAAAUGUUUACCUGAAAACCCCAGACUCAUCUCAACUCUGCUUUCCC